AUGGAUAACAUUACGGUUAAUAUAAAUAAUAGUAAUGAUUUUAAUAAAAUUAUACAUGAAAUAAAAUCAAAACAAUUUUACAAUGAAAGUAGAAAAAGUUCAAAAAUGGGAAAAUCAAAAUUAAUCAGCCAAAAAAUUAAUGGCAGUGAUAAUGAUGGUACAAAGAUGACAAAUGAAUUCGAAGGAUAUAUGAAUAAAAGAGUUUCUAACAAAAAUAAAAAAGAAACAACUCUACACAAAUUAAAAAGUGAUCAAAGUAUAAGGAAACGGAAUUUGUCAGAUACCCCAAUUUUUCCACGCAUUACUUCAUUAAUUUUAGAUCAUGACAAAGACAACACUAAUUCAGAUUAUUCUUAUAAAACAAAAAAUACAAAAGAUUAUAAAAUAAAUAGACAUGAUUCUAAUACUAAAUUUGGGAAAAGUACCAUAUAUGAUAUUUAUGCGAAAACAUUGAAAAAACUUUCAAUUGAAGGAGAAAAUAAUGAAGAAAGUUACUAUAAUGAUAAUAGUAAUAUAAUUCAAGAAAAAAUAAAUAAAAAUACAAAUAGAACAAAUCUUCAUACUAAUGAAUCGGAUUCAUCAUCACAUAAUUCCACUUCAGCAUAUGAAACCAAAAAUUCGAGUAUUGAAAAAAAUAAUCUAAAAGAAAAAGGUAUAAGAAAUAAAGAUAGAAAUACAAAAGGACAAAAAAAAAAAAAAAGUGAUUUAAUCCAUAGAUAUAAUACAAAUGAUUCAGAUAAUGUGAAUUUUAACACAUCAAGAGGAAAUGAUACAAAAGAUUCAUAUUAUAACUCUUUUGAAAAUUCAAACUUAAGUAAUGAGGACUAUAGUUAUAAAAACAAUGAUGGACCAUAUAAACAGAAAAAAAAAAAUAAAAAGAAAUCUAAAAAAGAGAAUACAUUUUAUUAUGGAAAUGAAGAAAGAGAUAAAACUUAUUCCAAUGAAUCAUCUUUUUCUCAGGAAAACCUUAGUAUAAGAGGAAAUAGAAAUUAUAGAAAAAAUGACAAUAAUAAUGAAACAAAUAAUAUAUCUGAAAAUGGAAGUAAUUUAAAUGAUCAUAGUUCUUUAUCGAAUGAAAAUCAUAAAGAGGAAACAGAAAAUUAUAAUUUAAUUAAAAAAAAAAAUAAAAAUACCUUGAAUAAUUCUGGCAAUCAUUCCGAAAAAGACGGAUCCCCAAAAUCAUUAAAAAUUGGUAAUGAAAUGAAUAUGUUUCAUUCAUUAAAUGAUAAAAUAUAUAAGAAGAGAAGUACCAUAUAUUCUAGAGAAAGUUUAAAGUGUGACAAAUCCGAUAUAACUACAACAGAUUCAGAAUAUAAUAUGAAUGAUAAAUAUCAAAAAUAUAUUAAGAAGCAAAUACCUUGUAUUGAAGAUGAUUAUAGAAACAAAGAACAAUUAUUAAAAAUUGUAAAUAGUAAAAAUAUUUUAAAUAUUAGAAAAAUUUUAAUAAUAAUGAGAGAAUUCUAUAUUGGAUUUAUAGGAUUGCAACUGAUUUAUUUUAUAACAUAUCUUUUGUUUGGAAAUAAUAGUGUAUUUUUGAUCCAGAUCAUUUCGAUAUCAUGUACCUUUUUUUCACUACUAGAUGCUAAUUAUCACGGAUAUUUAUUAAACGGAUUCAUUGAUAUGUGUAUAGCAAUUUUUUUAAGUAUAGCCAUUAUAGAAAAUAUCGAUGGUUUUAUAACCUUACAAUCGAACAGUGUAUUAAAAAAUAUAACCAUAUCAAAUGUAGUUUUCCUCUACUUCUUUUCAAUAUUCUCAUUUUUAAACAGCUAUUUUAUAUAUAAGUUACAUUCCCUUGAAAGAAAAAAUAUUAAAUACGUUAUAGAAAGCAUUGAAUCGAAGGUAGACAAUGAUGUUAAAAAUAAAGCAUAG